AUGUUAAUACCAUUAAUUGGUAAUGUUGGGAAAUUAGAAAAACCUAAAAAAACUUUAUACAUAUCGUAACCCAUUAACUUUCAAACAAAAGGAGCAAAUAGAAAUGAUUAAAUGUUAGAUUACAUUCCAAACUCAACAAAGACAAGUACUUUUAGAUCUAAUGAAACUGGCAAUUUUUAUUAAACUCAAUAUGGAUUAGGUGAUAAGACAAAAUAAUUUAUGUAACAUUAAGACCAGAUUUAAGAGAAGAUUCAUUGUAAAAAAGUUGUGAAACAAGGUGUUGAUACUUUUGCUUUAACAUAGUCAACAUUAAAUAUUUUUGAGGGUAAAGUAAUAAGUGAAUUUAGAGGCAAAUAAUGAAGAACGAAAAAAGUAUAUAGAUUAUACAGGAGUUCCUAAGUUUGAGAAUUAGGAUAAAGUGAUAAAAUAUUCAGUUGUAGGAUAUCAAUAGUUUUUAAAAAUUCAUCAAGAAAAACAAAGAUAAUAUUAGCGAUUAAAGAAAAAUUAAUAAAAUUAAUUGACAACAGAUGAUUCUAUAUUUGAUGAAUAACCUCCAACAAGAACAAAUUAAUAAGCUUAAUCAAUUAUUUUAGAUAAAUAGCAAGGAAAAAAGACUCCGAAGAAGAGUAAAGUAGAUUAGCGUUAUUUAAUCAAAAGAGAUUUGAAUUAAAUAUUAGAAGAAGCUGAGAAAAAUAUAUAAGAAGCAUAGAUAAAAUAAGAAAAAGCAGAAGAAAAGCUUCCAUUUCACUUAAGAAAUGCAGUUUCAAGGGAAGAUAGAGCAAUUAAGAAGUUUGAGAAUAUAAAAACUUAAUGGGAAAAUGUGAAUAUAUAAGUGGCUUCUAAUUGUUAAAGAGAACCAGAAGAAACAAUUAUGAGUAGAGCAGAUUAAUAUAGAGAAAGAAAUUAAAAAAUUUAAGCUAUCGAAUUAAGUAAAGGUGAAGAUGAAAAAAACAGUAGUAGAUAUUGGUAUCUUAAAUUAAGAUGGUAUGAUCACAAAGAUAAAAGACCUUAAUUCUCAUUACUAACCUAAUCAAAUUAGUCAAAGAGUUGUUAAAAAUUUGAAAAUAGGUUGGUAAAUCGAUUCUUAUCAGACAUUGAUGCAGAAAGACUUGCUUAAUAGUAAUAAUUUGUUUUAUCAGACAUUUAAGCUAAUUUUAAUUCUAAAUUGAUAGAUAAUCCAUUUAAAUAAGUUGAAACAGUUAUUUCAGAAAACAGUAAGUAUUUUUAAUUAUUCUAGGGAUUAACCAAUAUGAAAAUGUUCAGUCUCCAAAAACAAAAUUAUAUACUUCUUAACUUGUUACUCUUUAUAAUCAAAAGUUGUAAGACAAGGCUAAGAAAAAAUUUGUUGAUUGCAAAAACUUUCUUUAUUUAGCUGGAGAAAGUUAAAAGAGCAGAGAAAUUAAAAUGUUAAACAGAGAAAUAGGAAAAUAGUUUAAAAUUGCAGAAAUUCCUAAUGAAGAGCCAGAAAUCAUUGCUAACACUUGGGAUAGAAAGAAUUUAGCCAAAUCUGGAGAAUAUGUUUUAUUCUGAUUUUAUUUAUUUUUUUAACGAAUUAAAGAAUGAG